AAACGCAAGAUGAUCCUCACAACAUGCGCCGCCUGCGCCGCCCCACUGGCCCACGACGCGCCGCGUUGUGUGCGCUGUAAAAUUCGCUAUUGUGACUCGACUUGCCAGCAUGACCACUGGCGCCGCGGCCACAAGCAGAUGUGUAAGAAAAUACACCGCGGCGGCAACGCAGAACAGUAUAAUGCAGACAAAAAAUACAAGGAGGCCGUCGCGGUCGCGGUCGAGGCGUGCGCCAAGGACACGAAGGGCCAGACGUGCUACAUCUGCACGCAGGCCCUCCACUGGAAGACGAAGGAGGGCCUCGUGCGCAUGUGUGCGUGCCGCGGGACGGCGGGCUUCGCGCACGUGUCGUGCUUGGCGGAGCAGGCGAAGAUUUUGGUCGCGGAGGUCGAGGAGAAUAAUUUGGGCGACAAAGCGAUGGAUGUGAGGUUUGCACGGUGGUACUCAUGUAGCCUGUGCGAGCAACAAUACCAUGGCGUCGUGGGCUGCGCGCUCGGGUGGGCGUGCUGGAAGACGUACCUGGGCCGGCCGGAGACGGACACGGCUCGGAAAUUGGCGAUGAACCUGCUUGGGAAUAGUCUAGCCAUUGCAAACCAUCACGUAGACGCGUUGACCGUGAAAGAGGCCGAGUUGUCAAUGCACCAGCGCGUUGGCGGACCAGAAGAGCACAUACUCGCCACGCGGAGCAAUCUUGCGAUGACGUAUCGGGCGCUCGGACGGGAGGAAGAGGCACUGCACCUGCGUCGAGAGGUAUACUCCGGACGUUUGAAGCUUAAUGGCGAAGAACAUGAAGAGACUCUCCGAGCGGCCUUCAACUACGCGAACUCCCUUCUUAGUCUACAGCGCUACGCAGAAGCCAAGGCACUGUUGCGCAAAACGAUGCCUGUGGCGCGUCGUGUUCUCGGAGAGGGUAAUAGACUCACGCUCAAGAUGAGGUGGACUUACGCGAAGGCGCUCUACAAAGACAACCGCGCUACGCUCGAUGAUCUCCGCGAGGCCGUGUCGACGCUUGAGGACGCGGAACGGACCGCGCGGCAGGUGCUGGGCGGCGUGCACCCGACCACGGGAGAGAUCGAGCGUGCCCUACGAGACGCGCGAGCCGCGCUCCAAGCCGCGACGGAGAAGUAA